UCACAUUCCUAUUCUUAAGUCGUUUGUUUUGUUGUAGCUUAGUUCUUCGGUUCAGGCACAGAGGACUUUUGUAUAUACUGAGUUGCAGUUUAUUCACAAUAUUAUUUUAAAAUGCCUCAGUCUUUUCAAGUGUUAAGGUGUUUUGAAUGUUCAGUUUUCCAAGUACAUCAACUAAAAAAGACCAACAAGUUUGAGUGUAAGUUAUGUGGUGAAAAGCAGUCUAUUAAGCACCGCUAUGGAUUUGGUACUGGGAAGGAAUGUAGGCUUCACGUCCAGAAACUAAAUGGUAUAAGGGGAGAUUUAAAUGACCUUAACAGCUCACUUUCAACUGAAGAUGAAAAUUGUGAACAUAUAGAAAAAAAAUCCAAAAACGAUAAACAAAACUUAAUGAAUGUAAAACAAGAAAGCAAGUGGUCAAACUAUGUUGAAAAGUCUAAGAUAGAAGUAAAUAAUGUAAUUAACUGUGAUAACAGUUAUCUUCAAGAUACUGAUAUAGUAUUGAAAUUGCCUACAAAACGACGCAAGUGUAUUAAAAACAAUAAAAUACAAAAAAAUAUAACUUCAUUUAAAACUGAAGAAAAGUUGUCCCCAAAACAAAAAUAUGAUUAUUCUUCUAUAGACACUAAAGGCAAAAUUGAUGUAAGCUCUGAUGAAAGUUUCAAAUUGGAACCAGAGAUUUCAUCUUCAAGUAAACAGAACAAAAGAAAAAUAUUCCUUCCACCUACAUGUAAUAAAUUUUCUAAAUGGGCCCAAUACACUGAUGAAGCUGAUAAACAACAUGAAGAAACUAAUUCUGGUGAAGAUAAUCUGAAAAAUUAUGCUUCUAUCCAAGAUUCAUUAUUAAACACAAAUAAUUUGGUUGCUGCGAAAACAUGUGAUUCACAGAGGAACAUAACUAUUGGUCAACCAAGAUUGGAUUCUAAUACAAUCCGAAAUUCAUGUACAAAAUUGCAUCAACCCAAUUCAGUAUCAAUCAGUAAGAACUGUUCAAAAUUACAGACACAAAAAUUAUUUUCGCUUUGUGAUGACAGUGAUCUGGAUAAUAUACUAGAUAUUUAAUUAAAUCAUUUUAAUUUUGUUCAGCAACUUAUGUUGAUAGAUGUUGGGUUUAAAGAAAUAUUUGAGCUGAGUAACAUGUAAACACCUUGCUUGUACAAAAUAUAUUAAUUAAAUUAAUUUUAAUGCUUUUUCAUUAAGAGGAUAUAAAUAAAAAAAAUCACUUUAAAUUUUUUUAUUAUUACAACCAGUACACAUAAUCAUCACAAUGGCAACAGUUUUAUAUCACUUUUUAGACCUUCUACAAGAUAAAUAGCAAGCUACAAACAUUUCAUUGAUUACUCUUACAACCUGGCCUGAUAAUCAAAAUAAAUUAUAGGUACUUUAAUAAUUCAGGUGCUCUUUUUAGUAGAAAAUUAUUGAAAUUCACUGAAUCCUUAAAAUUUACAGAUAAUUAAAAAAUAAAACAAAUCUUUGGAAUAAAGGAUUGAUCAGUCAAAUUUACUUUUAAAACUAGAAUAAUUAUAAAUUUAUUCUGGCCAGGUAAAUUAUAUUAAA